AACUUAUUCAUACAAAACGUCAUCUUUCAUUUCUUGAACAUGAGGUAGAAAGAUUAAAGAGAUCUAGGAAUGAUAACUCACAAAUUGAUACAAUUAUUUUAAAUGAUGAAGAGAUUCUAAAUAAAGAAAAAGUAUUUGAAGGAAUAGAAUCAACUGAUAUACCACAAUUUAGCAUUACAUUUCCAGUAAAUAAUAGUGAAAACCAACACACUGAUCAAAUUAAAUCUUUUUUAGAAUUGUUAAUCCCACAUACUCCUUAUGAAUUUCAUGAUACAAGAAAUUCUCCAAUAAAUGAUCCAACUGCAAAGAUAGAUUUUAUAAUUGUAUGCAAAAAUGGACAACGUUUGUGGACUGAAUUAGUAAUAGUAAUUGAGGGUAAGGGUGACAUAAACAAUACAACAAGUCAUAAAGAAGCAAUUGGUCAAGUUUGUGAUAGGCAUAUGGAAAUUUUGAAACAGCAACGUCAGAGGAAAUUUGUUUUUGGAAUUGCAUUGGAUUGUAGACAAAUGGAAAUCAUCAAGACAAUUCAUCUUCUUCAUCAUGAACAAGGAAUGUUGAAUAGGUUGACACAUUCAUAUAUCAUUGAAUUAUGUGCAUUGGAUAAGAUUCAAGAUAAUUAUCAAAAAUAUGACCAGUUGGUGAAAUGGAUUCAGCAAGUAGAUGUUGGUUUUCAAUAUGCACAUUCACAAGGAAUAUUGUAUAGAGAUUGUUCAAUUGAUAACUUAAUUAUUGAUACUAAUGAUAAUGUGAGAAUUAUUGACUGGGGCAUAUCUUGCAGGAAAGAAAACAACUCUCAAAAAUCAUUUACAGGAAAACCUGUAUAUAAAACUUUAACUAACCUGAGUAGAAAUUCGUAA